AGAGAGAAAGGUUUAUGUCGUCACAGAUAAUAGUUUUGUUCUUCUCUCACUCAUCUCUCUCUCCAAUUCCCGCUUCCAUUCGAUGAAACCUGCAUCUUUGCAAGGUUUCUCGUCGUCCUUGAACUAUUCCGAUGUUCGCAGACCAGCGAAAAUGGCUGCUUUUAGUGCCCUCUCCCUUUGUCCUCACACUUUCAACUUCCGGCCAAACUCUCGAAUUAAGUGUUCCGUCACUUCUGCUCCUGCUUCUGGCACAUCUUCUUCCCCUAAGACACAGCGUAGAAGAUCAGGUCGACCAGAAGGAGCUGGUAAAAGCAUGGAGGACUCUGUCAAACGUAAAAUGGAACAGUUUUAUGAAGGAACCGAUGGACCGCCUCUCCGUGUUCUUCCCAUUGGUGGCCUUGGUGAAAUUGGAAUGAAUUGUAUGCUUGUUGGAAACUAUGAUCGUUACAUUUUAAUCGAUGCUGGUAUAAUGUUCCCUGACUACGAUGAGCCUGGUGUCCAGAAAAUAAUGCCAGACACAGGGUUUAUCAGACGGUGGAAACACAAAAUUGAAGCUGUUGUUAUAACUCAUGGUCAUGAAGAUCACAUUGGUGCGUUGCCUUGGGUUAUCCCAGCAUUGGACCCUAAUACACCAAUAUUCGCAUCAUCCUUCACCAUGGAGCUUAUAAAGAAGCGCUUGAAGGAGCACGGAAUCUUUGUUCAAUCUAGACUUAAGACAUUUAGCACUCGAAGGAGAUUUAUGGCUGGACCAUUUGAGAUAGAGCCCAUUACAGUUACACAUUCUAUUCCUGAUUGUAGUGGUUUAUUCCUCCGCUGCGCUGAUGGUAAUAUUCUUCACACUGGAGAUUGGAAGAUUGAUGAGGCGCCAUUGGAUGGAAAAGUCUUUGAUCGUGAAGCUUUGGAGGAACUCUCAAAGGAAGGAGUCACGUUGAUGAUGAGUGACUCAACAAAUGUGUUGUCACCCGGAAGGACAAUUAGUGAAAAGGUGGUUGCAGAUGCUCUGGUAAGGAAUGUUAUGGCGGCCAAGGGAAGAGUAAUCACAACUCAGUUUGCCUCUAAUAUUCACCGUUUGGGAAGUAUCAAAGCUGCUGCUGAUUUAACUGGUCGAAAGUUGGUCUUUGUUGGCAUGUCGUUGAGGACAUAUCUAGAGGCAGCUUGGAGGGAUGGAAAGGCUCCAAUUGACCCGUCAAGUCUGGUGAAAGUCGAAGACAUUGAAGCAUAUGCUCCUAAGGACUUGCUGAUUGUCACCACUGGAUCACAAGCAGAACCACGCGCUGCCCUGAAUCUUGCAUCAUAUGGGAGUAGCCAUGCAUUCAAACUUACGAAAGAAGACAUCAUUCUUUACUCAGCGAAGGUAAUCCCAGGCAAUGAAUCAAGAGUAAUGAAAAUGAUGAAUCGGAUAGCAGAUAUAGGGCCAAAUAUUAUCAUGGGUAAGAAUGAGAUGCUGCACACAUCUGGUCAUGCCUACCGUGGAGAAUUGGAAGAGGUUCUUAAAAUAGUUAAACCGCAACAUUUUCUACCUAUACAUGGAGAACUUUUGUUUCUUAAGGAGCAUGAGUUGCUUGGGAAGUCUACUGGGAUUAGACACACUACUGUUAUUAAAAAUGGAGAAAUGCUUGGAGUUUCUCACUUGAGAAAUAGAAGGGUUUUGUCCAAUGGAUUUAGCUCUCUUGGGAGGGAGAGUUUGCAGUUGAUGUACAGUGAUGGUGAUAAAGCAUUUGGCACAUCAAGCGAACUAUGCAUUGAUGAACGACUCAGAAUUUCUUCUGAUGGCAUUAUAGUUCUGAGCAUGGAAAUCAUGCGUCCGGGAGUCUCAGAAAACACCUUGAAAGGAAAAAUAAGAAUCACAACGCGGUGCAUGUGGCUUGACAAAGGAAGACUUUUAGAUGCACUUCACAAAGCUGCUCAUGCUGCUCUGUCAAGUUGUCCUGUGAAUUGUCCCUUGUCUCACAUGGAAAGAACGGUCUCCGAAGUGUUGAGGAAGAUUGUGAGGAAGUACAGCGGAAAGAGACCAGAAGUCAUUGCUAUAGCCACUGAAAAUCCAAUGGCAGUCCGAGCUGAUGAGGUCAGCGCAAGGCUGUCUGGUGAUCCAAGUGUUGGUUCUGGAGUUGCAGCUUUAAGGAAAGUUGUUGACGGGAACAACAAAAGAAGUCGACCAAAGAAAACACCUUCACAAGAAGAUGCCCCAAAAGAAGUAGAUCGGACUUUGGAAGAUGAUAUUAUUGAUAGUGCAAGACUUCUGGCUGAAGAAGAAACUGCGGCAUUAACGUACACAGAAGAAGUUGACAUGCCCGUGGGAAGUUCCUCAGAAGAGUCUGACGAUUUUUGGAAAUCAUUCGUCAAUCCAUCAUCAUCACCUUCACCGGGUGAAACCGACAAUGUGAACAAGGUAACUGAUACGGAGCCUAAAACAGAGGAUAAAGAAAGCAGCAGAGACGACAAUGAUCUAUCUGAUACUUCAGAUUCUGAAACUAAGUCACCAUCAAAACGUGUGAGGAAGAAUAAAUGGAAACCGGAGGAGAUAAAGAAGGUAAUCAGAAUGCGUGGAGAGCUGCACAGUAGAUUUCAAGUGGUGAAAGGUAGAAUGGUAUUGUGGGAAGAGAUCUCUUCAAAUCUAUCAGCUGAAGGAUUCAACCGAAGCCCGGGACAAUGCAAGUCUCUCUGGGCGUCACUUAUUCAAAAAUACGAGGAGUGCAAGGCUGAGGAAAGAAGCAAGACGAGUUGGCCACAUUUUGAGGAUAUGAACAACAUUUUGUCAGAGUUAGGCACACCUGCAUCUUAAGUAAUGCAUGACAUUACAUUAUCUGCCCAAAAAGAAUCAUCUUCAAGUUUCUUAAAUUGAACAGAGGGCAUUUGAUUAUAUUAUAUGUAUGUAACAUGUAAGAUGAUUUUGUUCUGUAGAAGCUAUCAAAGCAGAAUCCAAAUCCCCGUAGAAGAAAACCUUUAGACAAGUCUUUUUGGUUUAGUUUUACAUUCGGUUUGGCUUACAACACAUUUAUAAACCGGAUUUUGUUCAAUUUUGGAUGGUAAUGUGGGUUUUUAUUGGUU